CAGAUGUAAUCAGCUGUGAACAGCCAGUUGUAACAUCACGUGAUAGAUAACUGUUCUUCAAAAUCUAGCCUUCUAGAAGUGAACGAUGAAGUUUCUAGUCGUUUUGGCGUCGCUAGCGUCUUUGGCUUUAAGCCAACACGAUCACCACAAGAACACCCAGGCUGUGGCGGAGCAUCUGUUCAAGCUUGUGGACACAGACAGGAGCGGUGAUGUCUCUGGUUCAGAACUGCUCGGGGUCUUCCAUCAAUAUGACACUAAUGGUGAUAACCGUCUGACCGAGAAGGAGUUCUACUUGGGUCUCUGUCUUCACACCCCCGAGAUUUGUCCGGAGACGGUGGGUCUCUUCCAGGAACUGGACACCCUCAAUGAAAAUGUUCUGUGGCUCGAAAACAUGCACAGUGUAUACAGUCUCUUCGAUACAAACGGAAACGGAGCGAUUACCCGAAGCGAAUUUGUCACCUGGAUGACAAACAAGCUGGACGCGAUUAAACAAACUCUACCAAAACACUAGGGUGACGCUGAACCUCGUGUGAAUUGGGAUGAAUAAAAUAUCAGUAACUUA